UCCAAACAUAUCUACUUUACAUGCAACUGUCUGUCUGUGUCUCUCGUCAACAUGCAAACCAGAAAAUCAUACAGAACACUUUCACCUCAUCCGGCGGCUGCCACCAAUAACAACCACCCACUGCCCCCGCUCAGCUCGGAGGAAGAAGCAUUCAUCAUGGUCAGCGCGCUUACCAAUGUCAUAACAGGUGACAUCGCGAAUACGCUUCCAUAUAUGCAGGAGACCGAAACAUGCAAAUUUUGUAACAUCAGUGGCUGCUUAGGCUGCGAUUUCUUCGGAAUUGAUGUAUGUGAGAAUGAUUAUAAAAAUAAUACGAAUAAGGGUAAGAAUGUUAACGCGGUGGUGAUGAAGAAGAAAAAAAAGAAUAAUUACAGAGGGGUGAGACAGAGGCCGUGGGGAAAAUGGGCGGCGGAGAUACGAGACCCGAGGAAGGCGGCGCGUGUAUGGCUAGGGACGUUUGAGACUGCGGAAGGGGCAGCGCGUGCUUACGAUAAAGCUGCCAUUGAGUUCAGGGGGCCAAGAGCAAAGCUCAAUUUUCCUUUUGCUGAUUACAAGUCUUCGUCUCAAAUAAAACAAGAAGAAGAAGGUCCGCGACAAAAAGAUGAGAAAAGGGAAGGAAAUUUAAGAAGAAUUGAAAUGGAAAUGGGGGAAAUUAAAGAAAACGAGUGCUUUGGAAUAAUCGGAGAUGACGAGUUUCAGAAAUGGAUGAUGGCGAUGGACAAUUAUGAUCACUCUUGUGACUUGGCUAGUGGGAUUAUUGUUAUAACAAUCUCAUCAAAGCUGCUCUCGGACAUGCAAACCAAAACACACAAGUCUCCGCUAAAUCAUCUAGACGCUACCAACAGUGAUAAUCAGACAUCGAAACGACUGCGUUUUAGCCCGGAUGAAGAAUCAUUCAUUAUGGUCAGCGCGCUCACAAAUAUUAUAACCGGAAACACAUCGUUUUUGCCGGAGACAACACGAGAGUCUAGAAUUAUUUCAACCGGUUCGACCACGAAAGCCUCCACGUCGUUUUUUCCGGAGACGACCGAGAUGUGCAAGUUUUGUAACAUUGCUGGCUGCUUAGGUUGCGAUUUUUUCGCGGUGGAAGACAAUAACAACAGCAAAAAUAAAGGCAAGAUUGUUGAUGCGGUGACGAAGAAAAAGAAGAAGAAGAAGAAGAAUUAUAGAGGGGUGAGACAGAGGCCGUGGGGAAAAUGGGCUGCGGAGAUUCGGGACCCGAGGAAGGCGGCGCGUGUAUGGCUAGGGACGUUUGAGACAGCAGAAGGGGCGGCGCGCGCAUAUGACAAAGCUGCUAUUGAGUUCAGGGGGGCAAGAGCAAAGCUCAAUUUCCCUUUUGCUGAUUACAACUUUGCGUCUCAACAGCAAAAGCAAGAAGAAACAGUAGAAUCGCGACAGGAAGAAGAAGAUAGGAAGGAAGAUGAUUUAAGGAUAAAUGGGAUGGAAAUGACAGGUGACGAUGAUUUUGAGAAAUGGAUGGUGAUGAUGGAUAGCUAGCUAUGACUAGUUCAGCUAGUAGAACUGAUAUUCAUAUUGUUUGAUUUUAUACAUAGAUAUUUUUUGUAGUGUAAUUCAGGAAUUUAUUGUUGCGGCUCGGGGGAUAGAUAUUUAAUUGAAUUUAAUAUACAAAUCAUACUUAACGUUA